AAAAAAUAAGGAGAAAAGAAAAAAUAAGGAGAAAAGAAAAAAUAAGGAGAAAAGAAAGGAGAAAAUAUAAAAGCACCUAAUUUUAUGAUAAGGAAAUUAUUUUUUUGUUCGUUUUUCAGUUAAAAUAUAGUCUGAUCAACUAGUAAUUUAAUAGCACUGCCACUGAAAAGUUUUAACUACGAAUUUAAUUCAUGUCUAAAAGAAAUUUAAGAUCCCUUGAACACCUUGCUGAUGAAGAGCAAAAGCUUUAUAUUAACAUUAGAAGAAAUAGAAUCAGAAAGCAGAAUGAGAAAUCAAAGAAAUUUGAUUACUUCGAGUGGGUCACCAAAAAUAAUAUUUAUGAUUGUUCUGAUAAGAGUAAGCACUCUCAUUUUGACAAUUUAUCUCAAGAAAUAGUAUUUGAAUUGGACCAACUAAACAAGAAGCAAUUCAACAUUGAGAAUGUUGUUUUUAGCAAAUUAUCUAAGAUAAUGAAUACAUCCCUUUCUUGGAAGAAAAAGCUUGCUGCAGUUGAAAAGUUUACUGCUAUUAAUAAUAACGAACGCGCUCAAAAAGAGGUUUAUCGAUUUAUUUUGAAUCAACAUGUACAUAAAGCAAACCUUUUUUCCGAUAGCAGCAUAAAGAGCUAUUCCGAAGAAGAUUUUAAGUUGAAGUUCUGGUCGCAUAUUUUCGAAGAAAUCUUUGGAUACAGCGACAUCAGCUUGAAAUGGGGAGAUACCGUUCCUAGCUCUUUGAGCAAGUCUAAGAUCAUUUCAAAGAUGGAUCUCCGUGUGGGUGCAUUAACAUCACCUUUAGAUUACUCCCUCGCUGAGUUUGCGAAGAAAUGCACUUCCCACAAGUACUACCUUGACAAGCUUAAGUUGAUCUUAAUCUCAAAAUUACAUUUAAACUUGCUUGUACAGAAUCUCCAGUGCAAAGAAACUGAUUUGUAUGUCCCCUUCAUGCAGAUCAUGGGGUUUGAUUGUCACUUGCUACACCUUGUUUUGGUGAAGCCAAAACAAUACAUGUUGGUUAACGUAGUCACUUUUUCAUAUCCUGUGACUAAGAAACAAAUAAAUGAAGGUGGAAUUGAGCAAUUGAUAAAUGUUCUUUCAUAUAUUAAGAGAUCAGCAAUUAAAAUGAAGGAACAAAUCAAUUCUGCUAAGAUUGAGAAACAUGUUAGCAAGAUUGAUAACCUUUUAAAUACAAGCCCUAUUGUUGAAUCGAAAAAACGGGGAACAAAGGUUAUCUGGCCAGACAAGACAAUUUUAGAUGAUGUCUGUAUGUGGGAUGACAACACUGAAGAUGGUUGUUAUGAUUGUAGUCGUAUUUACAACUAAGUUAAUAGAAAUAAACUAUCAUUUAUUUAAAUAAUAAAGAAUUUAUUCGAAU